AUCACGUGCAGAGGCUUCAAUGACUCCAAACAAUCCACAACUAUGGAUGAAGAAUUCGCGCUCGACGAUCCUACUCAGUUGCUCGACUCAGCUUCUGAUUUCGCUCACCACCCCGGUUCUCUCAACGACGCCGCUGUCAAAGAUUUUCUCGACCGUUUCCCUCUCCCUGUCAUCAUCAGUGCUUUGCAAACUAAAUCGGAUGUGCCUGGCCUGGAAAAUACUCUGGUUGCUUGUUUGGAGAGAGUGUUUAAGACCAAGUAUGGCGCCUCACUCAUUCCACAAUACAUGACUUUUGUUCAAGUUGGCCUCAAGGCAGAUUCUCAAGUUGUUCGUUGUUUAUCGUGCAAAACGGUUUCAUCCUUUUUAAAGAACUUUGAUGACAAAUCUAUAUACGCCAUAAAGCUGAUUAUUGACUGUGAUAUUUAUCAACUCUUACUGGACUGUCUGAUAAAUGGCGAUGAACAAGUUGCAACUGCUGCGAUUGAUGCUAUCAAGAAUUUAGCUCAGUUUCCUGAAGCCGUGGGCAUUAUCUUCCCAUCUAAUAUCAAUGAAGCUACACACCUUGGGAACGUAGCAUCUCGAUGUUCCUCACUGGGGCGUGUCCGUGUUUUAUCAUUGAUAGUGAAGUUAUUCUCUAUUUCCAGCUCCAUAGCAUCUGUAAUAUAUAAUUCAAAUCUGCUCAGUUUAUUGGAGGCCGAGAUCAGGAAUUCAAAUGACACCCUUGUAACCCUAAGUGCUUUAGAGCUCUUGUAUGAGUUGACUGAAGUCCAGCAUGGUGCAGAGUUCUUGGCAAGGACCACCCUUCAAUUACUUCAUUCUAUAAUCAGCAACUCAUCGAUGGAAUCAAUUCUACGAUCAAGAGCAUUGAUGAUAAGUGGAAGGCUUUUAUCCAAGGAGAACGUAUACAUGUUUGUUGAUGAACCAAGUGCCAAAAGUUUGAUUUCAGCCAUUGAUGUGAGACUUGGGCUGUUGGAUAGUCAAGAUACAGAUGAACGUGAAUCUGCACUUGAAGCUCUUGGUGGAAUAGGAUCAUCAAUCCAAGGAGCUGUGUUGCUGCUGACAAGUUUUCCUCCUGCUGCAAGGCAUAUUGUUCAUGCUGCAUUUGAUCGGCAAGGAGGUGGCAAACAGUUGGCUGCAUUGCAUGCUUUGGGGAAUAUUGUGGGAGAAAACCGACCUGAGGAUGGUGUAAUAUUAAAUGGUGAUGCAGAAGAAAGUCUUCGACGUCUGGUCUAUGAAGUAGCAUCAGAAAGUUCGAAGUUGACACCAUCUGGUCUUUUGCUAUCAGUUCUUCAACAGGCUGCAGAAUUUCGUCUGGCUGGGUACAGAGUAAUAACAGGGUUAGUAGCUCGAGUAUGGUGCCUGAUGGAGAUUUUCUCAAAACCGGAGAUAAUAAACAUAGUGACUGAUCCAACUGCCGAAACUACAAAAAUAGCUAUGGAGGCUAGAUACAACUGUUGCAAGGCAAUCCACAGAUCAUUCAUGUCAAGUAAACUUGUCAGCGACCCUGCACUCUCUGGCAUAGCUGGGAAGUUGCAAGAAGCUGUUCAGAGGGGUCCAUAUCUGGUAAGAAAACAUACUGAAGCAACUCCAGUAGUAAUGACAGCUGAAAGAUUUUAGGUUUUUGGGAAGCUAAUUAGAUCAAAUAUGGGAGGAUGUUUAUAUUUGACAUGUUUGUGUGUUUACAUAACCGAUAUGUAAAUGUUAAAUGCCAAAUGAUCGUUGUUUUAACUUCAUAGUUCAUAUUUUUUUGAUCUUGCACUGAAAUGUCUAAAUAUGGGAAUGGCAACAAAGGCUAUUUUUCA